AUGGCACCCCUUGAAGACAGCCACCCAGCCACCCAAGCGCUUCAUGCUGAUGAUCCCUUCAACUUGGUGACGGACGUUGCACCUCCAAUCCAUCUAUCAACGAUCUUCAGAUAUCCAGAUGAUCCCAAUGAGCUAUCUAUCUCCGAAGACCCAGUGGCAGAAUUCAACGGAAAGAACUUCGUCUACUCGCGUGAAUUCGCACCAAACCAAACCCGCUUCGAGGCCAUUCUAUCAUCACUUCUAAAAGGCCACGCAGUAAGCUACGCUACAGGACUAGCCUCACUACACGCUGCAUUAACCCUGCUUAACCCCCGCCGCAUCUCCAUAGGCGAGGGCUACCACGGCAGCCAUGAAGUAAUCGCAGUUAUAUCCCGACUCUCAGGACUCCAAAAAUUGAGUCUAGACUGCCCCACCUCCGACCUAAAUGAGGGAGAUGUAAUUCUUCUCGAAACUCCAAUCAAUCCGCUCGGAACAGCAUUCAGUAUCGAGGAAUAUGCACAGAAAGCCCAUUCCCGCGGCGCAUACUUAAUUGUCGAUAGCACUUUUGCACCGCCACCCCUCCAAGAUCCAUUCCAAUGGGGCGCCGACAUAAUCAUGCACUCCGGAUCAAAAUAUUUCGGCGGCCACAGUGAUCUCCUCUGUGGUGUUCUCGCGACACAGCGUAAAGAUUGGACAAAGCAGCUUUUCGAAGAUAGAUUGGCUCUGGGUAAUGUGCUGGGAAACCUAGAGAGUUGGCUGGGUAUUCGGAGUCUACGAACGCUCGAAGUCCGAGUCCAGCGCGCGAGUCAAAAUUGUGCAAAGAUACUUUCUUGGCUAGAUGGUGCUUUACGUGCUUCGUCGCCUGCUCCGGGCUCAGAUGAGGCUGUUGUACAGGCUGUGUUGAAGAUUUAUCAUGCUAGUCUUCAGAAUGAGGAGUGGUUGAAGAGGCAGAUGCCGAAUGGGUUUGGGCCUGUAUUUUCGAUUGUUUUGCACCGGGAAGAAUCUGCACGAGAUCUUCCUAGUAAGUUGCGUUAUUUUCAACAUGCUACUAGUCUUGGUGGGGUUGAGUCGUUGAUUGAGUGGCGGGCUCUUUCUGAUCCAAGGGUGGAUCGGAAAUUGCUAAGACUUAGUAUUGGGUUGGAAAAUUGGGAAGAUUUGAAGAAUGAUUUGCUCCAAGCAUUUAAGGCUUUGGUAUAG